AGUUGUAUUGAUAUUAAUUCUUUAGCCUGUCUAGUAUUAGGUGAAAAAAACGGCACCAUUACUGGCAUAAACUGUACUGCCUUGUACCUGCCGGCUGCCACUAAAUGAUUUAACAAAACAUAACCUAAAUGCUCAUAGAUGAUAAGAAGUGUUACAUUGGUCUAAUGAUAUUUGUUAGACUGUUAUUGAAAGUGUAAUAAGUGUCGUAAAUCAAAUGAAAUUGAUAUAACUUUGGGCUCUUUAUUGCAGUAAAUCACAAUGAAUUACAAUUCUGCAAUGACUCUUCAGUAUGAUUGGGAUGAUGUACUAUGGAAAUUGGAAGGUGAAGCUUGGAUUUCAUACAAAGUAAAAGAUGAAAAGAGUAUCCAUGGUAAACUAAGAUGCACUCAGAUUGCUACAAAUGGAUUACCAAAGAUUACAGCAUCAAAUGGGUUUUCUGUUGAGAAAAUUUCUAAAGACUCUCUACAAGUGAAAUUUAAAGAUGCUCCAUUUGCAACAACAUUUAUUGCAGCUUCCAAAGUGUACUCCGGGAUUCAUAAAAAAGGUAUAAUUUCCCUGGGAAUUUCACAUAAAGGAUAUAGUGUUUCUGCCUGUAAAGACAAUCAGUUAGUUGUAUGGGACUUCAACCAAGGUGAAUUAAAGUGUACGCUGACGGGACAUGUCGGUGACGUAUACAAGUGCAAGUUCUUCCCAUCAGGAGUGGUGGUACUCUCCGGUGGGGCAGAUAUGCAACUCAAGAUCUGGUGUGCUUUAACUGGCACCUGUCCAGUUACCCUUGUUGGACACACCAUGGCUGUCACUGACUUCGACUUUAUUGGCAGGGGAAAGAAUGUUCUCUCUGUGAGCAAAGACGGUCUAGCCAAGCUGUGGUGCUGUGCCUCUUCCUCUUGUAUAGCAGAUCUUGUGAAACUGGGUUCUACCAUCAAUUGUUGUCAAGUGUUUACUGCUCCUGCGUCACUUCCUUUAGGUCAACCAGAAUCUGAACCAAGUGAUCAAGAAGUAGAUACCAAGGACAAGAUAGUACUGCUGGGAUGUGAAGAUGGGAGUGUCCACUGUAUAGCCAUCUUCAGUCGCAAGACACUGUUCUCAUUUAGUUGCAAGUCACCAGUCAACACUUUAGCCUUCAUUACAGACUCGCACUUUGUGGUCGGUUGUCAGAAUGGGGAGAUAUUGUUGUACAAUGUGGACAACCCCAAUGUUCCCGUUCAGUCUUGGUACGAGUCGAAUAGUGCAGUGUUGUGUGUGGUACGGCACGGAGAUGGAGGACACCUGAGUAGUCAUGCAGACGGUUCUGUCGUGUUCAGACACGUCAGACAUCCAGACAAACGGGUCGUACUCACUGGUCCCAACUGUGAUCCAGUCUAUCAGUUAUGCGCUGAACAACAGUUUGUCUACACGUGCAGCAGGGACGCUCUCAUCAGGAGGUACACAGUAGAACGGGUUAUUCACACCCUAUUAAACGAUCAACAAUAAAGUUGUCUCAUCUCAGUUUGUUUAAUGUAUAAUGUACUAUAUGACACUUUCAUUAAUCUAAUAAAGUUCUUAAAAAAAUAUAGUGUUUUCUUGUAAGUUA